AUGGCGGAGCAGCCGGGCCGCGCUGCCUCCGCCGCCGUGACCGGAGGCGACAGCCAGGAAGAGUCCCCGCACGAGAAGCUGCAGCGGCUGGAGAUGCUGCUCGUCAAGAUCCACAGCACGGUCGAGGUGUCCGCGAAGCACGCCGUCGAGAACACCUGGCUCGUCCAGUGCCGCGACGCGCUGAAGGAAACCGCCUCAGAGGGCGACGAGGUGCUCGCCUUCUUCAGGCAGCGCGCCAUGGACACCACCAGAGCCACCGGCAGCUCCAGCGAGCUAUAUGACGCUGCGUCGUCUGGUGCUGCUCUGUUUUUCACGGGGAACGCUCUGUCCGGCGUGGAGCCGGGCAUCCGCGACCGUGCAAACAGUCUCUUCUCCCGCGACGAGGACACGGAGAGGCUGAACGUGGCCGUGGAGACGCUGCAGCAGCUCUCGCCGGACGUCGCGGAGGUCAUACGCUUGCUCCAGCUCGAGAUCUUGACUAAGAUAGAGCAGAGCUGGCCGGCGACGAGAAAGAGGCCGUUGCCGCCUCUGCUACUACGACCACAGGACGUGCAACGGAGGCCAAAAAAUCCUGCUACACGGGCAUGGCUGAUGAUUCCACAACGUCGACCGGCGCCUGAGGGACGGCUGGGCAGGAUAAAGGAAGCGAUCCAGGACGAGAUCAGGAGCGAGAUAUACGGCGUGGCGCCAUGGCGGCGGCCGAUGGAAGAGUGGAUCGCCGACACGCCGGAGUACAGGGACUACCAGGGCUGGGUCCCGCUGCUGCGAAGGCUCUCGCCGCUCCUGGCGGGUGGUCGGAUCGGCUGGGCCGUCCAGAUGAUGUUAGACCGGGACAUGGAAGGCUGGGGAGCGCUGGCGAUGUGGGCGUCCGUCCUCAAGGAGGCUGAGCGACAGGGAUGCGCCGUCCUGCUCGACACCUACCGCUAUCUCCGCAGGUAUACCCACUUCGACGACGACGAACCGCCGGCGCAGCGUGCUCAUGCAAGGGAAAGGGAUGAAGUGCACCGUCUCGUGCGGAGCCUCGAGAUGUUGGCAGGCGACGCGGAAAGCUUCGGCGGCUUGGUGGCGCUGUGUCCUUGGGAGUUGGGACAUCACCAUCUGCUAACAAGUUCUCCGUGGUGA